AUGAUUGGCUUAUUUCAAACAAGUGGACUAGCUCAAAUCAUUUUGGUGUUACUGGCCGAAUUAGCAUUGAUGGUUGGACUCCUGAUAAAAUUACCUUUUGCAGACAAUCAAGUUAAUUUCUUUCAUACCGUGAUUGGGUUCAUUCGAAUUGUAGUCCUGUCCUUGAAUAUCGCCUACCUUCCUAACGUCAUGGCAACGGCAUCUGUAAAACAAUACGUGGGGUAUGCACAGAUGGCCAUCCAUUGCUUUGCAUUCUUUUUAUUGUUGGUGUUACAAAUAAAGAACUUGGUGACAAUCGCUACUGGGCUUGGCGAUGAUGAAUUGGACGAGACCGGAAAGCCACCUGCACGCAUGGCCAUGUGGAGAAAAAUAAAGCGACCCCCUCAUCAGCUUCAUGUCACCAGUACAGCUACUCUCAUGACAGCCGCCAGUCGCUCACAAAACCCUAGCUUCUACAUGACAAACAGCAACCGUAAUUCGAAUCGUCUCACUGUGGAUUCGCAGACCAUUGAUGCUUUUACGAAUUACUAUGGUCAAAAUAGUAGUGCAACAACAUCGCAUGCGGUAUUGAAACCCGAUGAA